AUGAAUAAGGAGUAUUACGCUGUCUUCAGAGGGCGUGUCAACGAACCCACAAUUUUUUCGUCCUGGGGGGAUGCUCAUCCACGGGUGACUGGAUGCAUCUCCAUACAUAAGAGCUUUUUUACGAUUGAAGAUGCACGGAAAUAUAUGAGCGAGAGGGGAGUUACGGCCCCGAAAGAGAUUUUGAAGCCUGGAGCAGGAGAUACUAGUCCACUGCUACAUAGCGAGGCCUUCUACGCUGUUGCGCACGGUAAACGAACUGGUAUAUUAUCGUACUGGUAUGGGACAAUAGGCUCAGAACCAGAGGUUAAAGAGAUUUCCGGUGCUUGUCAUAAGCGGUUCAAAACACGUGCUCAAGCAGAAGCUUUUAUUGAGGAUUGGAAAGAAUCUUAUGCCGAUGUGUGGCGGAGAGCGAUUAAGGAAGGGUUGGAUAAAGACCGCAGGCCUCACGAUAUGAAGGUAAAAGUUAAAGGCAUACUACGUGCGAUUGAUAGGGAUACCGAAGGCACAGAUGAUUUGGAUAAAGUGAAGUUGGAUAAGCUAAGUUUAACUGAGUAG